AUGGAGUUUGCAGAGCUGAUCAAGACAGCGAAGGUGGAGAACGUGCAGCUCUCAUGCUCUGGGCUCCCGCCGAUCAAGGGGACGCUGUGCAUCACCAGCCAUCACCUGCUGCUGUCGUCCCAGCCCGGGGGCAACGGGGAGCAGGGCACGGUGGAGCUUUGGCUUCUCAUCCGGAACGUGGACGCUGUUGAGAAAAGUGUUCAGAACCUAAGCUGGUACCAAACCUCCAGGACUAACAGCUCCCACCAAGACACCAGGGUUGCAAAUUCCUUGGGCACAAUCACACUCAAGUGCAAAGACCUGAAGGUGCUGCAGCUGGAGAUCCCGGGUAUGGAGGAAUGUCUCAACAUCGCCAGUUCCACUGAGGCCCUCUCUUCUGUGGAUUCAGUGAUGAUGAUGUACCCAUUCUUCUACAGACCCCAAAGCAUGAAGCUCAAGGAUGGAUGGCAGCUUUACCCCCUCCAAUAUUACUACGAACAAAUUGCCUCAGAGACAGGUGCUUGGAGGCUGAGCUGUGCUAACGGGGAUUUCACCAUCUGCUCCAGUUACCCACCAGCUGUAAUUGUACCAGCCACAGUGGACGAUAACAUCUUGAAGAAGGCCGCCCGGUUCCGCCAGGGGGGACGAUUCCCUGUCCUCAGCUACUAUCACAAGAAGAACGGGACGGUGAUGCUCCGUAGCAGCCAGCCGCUGAUAGGACCCAACAGGAAGCGCUGCCAAGAGGACGAGGUGCUGCUCAGUGCCGCCCUGGAUGGAGCGGGGCGCGGCUUCAUAAUCGAUACCCGCUCAGCUCAGGCAGCCAAGCAGGCCCGGAUGAUGGGGGGCGGCACGGAGCCCACAUCCUCCUAUCCCCGCUGGAAGAGGCUGCACAGGCCACUGGAGAGGGGCCGCCCGCUCCAGGAGAGUUUCAUUAAGCUGGUAGAAGCCUGCAACGACACUUCCCUCAGCAUGGACCGCUGGCUGAGCAAGCUGGAGAGCUCCAAAUGGCUGGCCCACGUCAAGGGGGCCCUGAGCACUGCCUGCCUGGCCGCCCAGUGCAUGGAGAGGGAAGAGGCCUGCGUCCUGGUGCAUGGAGCCGAGGGGACAGAUACCACCCUGCUGGUGACGGCUCUGGCCCAGGUGAUCCUUGACCCUGACUGCAGGACGCUAGCUGGGUUCCAGGGGCUGCUGCAGCGGGAGUGGAUAGAGGCAGGACACCCGUUUCACUUCCGCAACGCCCACUCCGCCUACUCCCACGCCCGACUCAAGCAGGAGGCUCCCAUCUUCCUCCUCUUCCUCGACUGUGUCUGGCAGCUGGGGCGCCAGUUCCCCUUCUCCCUGCAGUUUAGCGAGCGCCUGCUGCUGGUGCUGUUCGAACACACGUACGCAUCUUGCUACGGGACCUUUCUGUGCAACAGCGAGAAGGAAAGGUGCUUGUGUAAAGUGAAGGAGAAAACUCACUCCCUCUGGGCCUGGCUGAACCAACCCAGUGAGUGGAAGAAACACCUGAAUCCCCUGUACACAUACAACGCCCUGGUCAUCUGGCCGUCCGUGGAGCCUCAGAGCCUGCAGCUCUGGCAGGGUUUGUUCCUCCGGUGGAUCCGAUCCUCUCAAUACUUAGAUGAGGCCUGGGCAGAAAUCCAGCGACUAGUGACAAGCUGUGAAGAUGCCCCAGAGGAGAGCGCAGGGUGCACACUGUGCCACUCACAACCAGACGCUGCGUACCCACUGACAAUCACAGGGACGGCAAAUGAAGGAUGAACCAGAACAUCAGUGGCUGCAACAGAACAGCUGAUGGCUCAGGCACGGCCACAUCUCCCAUCUACCACUCAGACUGCUCCAGAGGCAGCGAGGAGAGACGCUGCUUCUUAGGGAGUGAGGCUUUGUGCUGGUCACAUAGGCCCUGUUGAUGCCACAUACAAAUCUGGACAGCAGGCCAGGCUCUGAGCCGAACGUGCCAGGCGCACGGGGAUCAGAGGACACAUGGGGCGGACGCGGACCCAACCUCGUGGCACAACGCUUUGAGCGGUUACAAAGUACAGACUGGGUUUGUUACAGUAAAAUGGUCUCUACUCAUGACAUCUCCUCCUUUCGAGGGGGGAAACAUUCAGGGCAUGUCUACACUGCAAUAAAAACCCCACACCACUGAGGCUCAGAGCCUGGGUCAGCUUACUAGGGGUAGCAGAGCUAAAAAAAGAUAUUUAGCAUCAAAACCUUCCUAGUGCAAGAAGUAACUGUUCCAUGAAGAAAGUCAGCUCAGUCUCACUUCCUGCACAAAGCAAUGGGGUCAUGUGCAUUUGUCAUCUGGACACAUAGCAACCAGUAAUUGUUUUCUGACUUGUUUAUAGAUUUCUGACUUGUUUAGUGAUUCCAGAUAUUAGUGAAGGGGAGAUGCCAUUGGACAGUGAUGGGUGGGUAAGAGAUUUAUCCAGGGAAACAGAGAGAACCAAGCUGAGUUUACCCACAGCCACUGCAAGGACUGAUACACUUGUACUCAUCUGGUUAUAAAAGAUUUAUAUUUAUCAUUUCCUCUUGCGCUUAUUUUCCCACAGCCUUAUAAAUAUCUCCAGCAGGGCAGGAAGUCAGUGUCCACAGCAGCAGGGCGCAAGCUGGCUCAUUCUUCCCUCUGGUCUCUCACCACUCAGACUACCUCAGACAAAGCAGCUGAUCCUACCUACCAUUCCGGACUGGUUUCUCUUUUAGGCUCACACCCUCAGCAUUCACUCCCAAGAGCUCCAUGCUGCCACCCAUUGGAACAGACUAACUUUAAGCCUGGACAAAACUCCAGGAGAGGAGCCAAUGGGGGGCUGGAAAAAAACAAGUGGAAGGGGGG